UCAGGAUAGACUAGUGUUGUGGGAGUGUGAUGCUACAACCUCCUUAUAAAGGGAUUCGCACAUUGUGUCUUGAAAUUAGAGCACAUUGCCUAAAUUUGAGGUCUCCACAGAGUCACUGAAAAACAGCUGUCAUGUAUUCGUUGAACGUGGAGGACAUGCUUCCUGUGGCCGAGACGCCACUCUUCUGGGUCGGCGCAUUCACCGUGGCCUCACUGUCUUUGUGGGUGCUCCACCGACUCCUCCAAGGUUUUCGGAUUUGGGUCUGGGGAAAUGGCCAGUUGCUCUCGCCGAAACUGGGCAAAUGGGCAGUUGUGACGGGAGCCACAGACGGCAUCGGUAAAGUCUAUGCGGAGGAGCUCGCCCGUAAAGGGUUCGCCAUGAUUCUCAUCAGUCGCUCCCAGGACAAGCUGGAUGAUGUCGCCAGGCAGCUUGAGACACAGUACAAGGUGGAGACCAAGACCAUCGCCGUGGACUUUGGCCUGUCGGACAUCUACCCCAAGAUCGAGGCUGGACUGGCUGGACUGGAGAUCGGAGUCCUGGUGAAUAAUGUGGGGAUAUCCUAUCCCUACCCUGAGUACUUCCUGCAUAUUCCUGACCUGGACAAUUUCAUCACCAACAUGAUCAAUGUCAACAUGACCUCCGUUUGCCAGAUGACUCGUUUAGUUCUACCCAGAAUGGUGGAGAGGUCCAAAGGUGUGGUCCUCAACAUCUCCUCUGCCAGUGGCAUGUACCCUGUCCCUCUUCUGACUGUGUACUCCUCUUCCAAGGCUUUUGUAGACUUCUUCUCCCGGGGACUUCAGGAGGAGUAUAAGGCAAAGGGAAUCAUUGUCCAGAGCGUGCUGCCCUUCUUUGUGGCGACCAAGAUGACCCGUAUCAGGAAGCCCACCUUGGACAAGCCCACCCCGGAGCGCUAUGUGGCUGCUGAGCUGACAACCAUCGGACUGCAGGACCAGACCAACGGCUACUUCCCCCACGCAGUCAUGGGCUGGCUGACCACUGUCCUGGUGCCCAUUAACCUGGUCAUUUACUUUGGGGCAAGGAUGAACAGAGCCCAGCGUACUGGCUACCUGAAGAGGAGAAAGCUGAGGGAGCUGGCCAACCAGAGUAACGGGAAGAGUGACAGGCUGAAGAGCGAAUAAGAACACCCCCCCCCCCCCCCCAUAUAACAGAACGGAAGCUGACCAUAGAACUACCAUACAACCACUGACUAGCCCUGACUCUGUCUAUUAGUUAGUAAUGUCGAAUGAUUCACGGGUGUGUUUUUGAGGAUCUUUUUGUAUGUUGACGCUAACAGAUUUCUUCCUUGGAGCCCAUAUUGCCGCCACAUGACACGUCCUUUUGAAUGAAGUGGUUCAGCGACAACGUCUCUAACCAAAACGGCAGCUCUAACAGUGGCUGCGACAAAUACAUACUCUGCUCUCAGCACAGGGAAUAGUUAUUUUUCUAUGUGACAAAAAAUGAUUGUAGAGAAGAACCUUUAAAGGCCAAGUGCAGUCAAAUGUGAUUUUUUUUUCCUUUUUUAUAUUAGUUUCCACACUGAGGAUGGAAUAAUACUGUGAAAUUGUGUUAAUGAAAAUGCCCUUUUAGUGUAAAUGCUGUUUGAAAAGACCGCCUGAACUUCAGCCUCUUUUGGUGGUAUGGAGUUUGUCUUCUACGUCACCAUGCAGUAAAUUAGUUAAUAGACCAAUAAGAAAGCGUUCCAAACCUUUCUGCCAAUAACCGCUAAUUUUCAGUCCCUUCCUCGCUCUGACUACUCCCAGACAGUCCUAGCAAAAUCAUUGCUUGAGCAAUUGCCCUAUACUAUUUUUGACCAUUUUAAUUAACAAUCACAAUUUACUUGUUACCCAAAACAUAUUUGAUAUUGAGACUUCUUCAUUGGACCUUUAAACAGGGUGAUUUUUGUUGACUCUGCUGUUGUAAGCAGAAUGGUGGCGGGCCAAAUUAGUUUUUUUUAUAUAUAUAUUUUUAUACAUGUACGUAAAACCAAGCCGCAGGCACAUCUUCAGGUACUUCGCGCAGUAAACGCAUUGGCUGUGCCUGAAGUUUACAAGCGAUCACUCUAUUUACGUUUUUUGUGUAUUUAAAAAAAUUAUAAUAAUGGUGGGAUUUGUUGCACUGAUCCAUUUCUCUUUUUCCAGUUGUCUAAACUUUAAUUUACUUUUUUUUUUCUUAAUGUCAUUCUUAUCCACAUGCCUUCCAGCUCAUGCUGGCAUUGAUCACGUCCAAUGAGAGGGAGUCUUUCACAUUCAAGUAGUUCUAUUGCAAGCUAAUGCUAUACAAUUGCCGUACAGGCUCAGACUACUGCCAAAGAUUGUAUACUAUAUAUUGUGCACAAUAGCCUUUUUGGAGUGGUGAGGGACUUCAACAACAUACACAACUGUUUGUCUGGGUGUUGGUCUAUGUUUGACUUGGAUCUCUGUAUGACUUGUUCUGACCAAUGUCCAGACUUUAACCAUGGUGCCUUAUGAAGAUUUCUCAGGUGUGGAACUAGACCAGUUUAUCAGGAAUUUUGGAAUUGCAAUGUACUCUGUCACUCUUGCUGCUUUGCACCUGUACGAGUUAAUCUGAACUUUCUACUUGAGAAAUUCUGUACAAUAAAGAAUGUGGUCUGUUUUAUUUCCUCCCUGACUUGCUUUCUAAAUAUUAAUGAACUAGAACUAUGCUGUUUACAAAAUAAAGAGAAUUCAAUGUUG